AUGCAUCAAUUGGCCGAGGAUGAGCAGUCGAUGUUUCUAAAGGGGGCCGAGAUUCUGCGACGCGACUUUUACGUGGACGAUCUAAUUUCUGGAGGUGCUUCUGUGGCUGAAGCUGUCAACAUCAUGCAGCAAACAUCAGGGAUCCUUGCCAAGGGUCAAUUUCGCUUGAGAAAGUGGUGCUCCAACGUAGCUGCGGUGUUGUCUGAUGUGCCGGAAGAGGAUCGGGAGUCGUUUCUGAGAUUUGAUGACGGCAGCAACUUUACGAAAACUCUGGGCCUCGCUUGGGAUCCUGCUACUGAUCGCUUGCUAUUUUCAUUUGAGGGCCUUCAGUCAACCUUAAAUCCAACUAGGCGCAUCGUCCUUUCCUCAAUCGCCCGGUUGUAUGAUCCUUUAGGACUUGUCGGGCCAGUCAUCACAAGGUCAAAGAUCUUUCUUCAGAAGCUGUGCCGUGAGAAGUUGUCUUGGGAUGAGAGUCUUCCUCAGGCUCUUCACUCUGAUUGGGAAAAAAUUUGCUGCAGCUUCGCUAUGGCUCAGAGGGCCGAUUUUCCCAGAUGGUCACUAUCAUCACCGACCGAUUUGGAGAUUCAUGGAUUUUGUGACGCUAGCAUCGAGGCUUAUGGUGCCUGUAUUUAUGUCGUCUCAAGGGGUACAGGAGCGGGAAGUCACCUGCUUUGCUCGAAGUCUCGAGUGGCGCCGCUAAAGACUGUUACGGUGCCGAAACUGAAACUAUCAGGAGCAGAAUUGCUGGCGCGGCUUAUAUCAGAAGUAGCUAAUCUAAAGAUGUACGCUGGGAAGCAUUAUUGUUGGUGCGAUUCUGCAGUGGCGCUGUCCUGGAUUUGA